CUCAGUGUAACCGAGCACGGGAUUGGUUUACGCACAGCGAAAACAGUCCCCGAAGUCUCAGGAAGAGUUUGUUUGGAGGCAGUAGAGAGUGACAGCUAGAAAAAAACGCAGAAAGGAAGGAGGAAAAUUUGCUCUGAUCACGCCAUUGCUAUUCGCCGAUGAAUACGACAACUUUAAGAAACUCUAUUAUCAUUCAAGCACAUUUGGAUUUAAGCUUUUCCAUUUGGAAGUUAUGAGCUAACCGGCUCAUUUGGAUGAUACAUCAUUUGCGCUUUGACGGAAUAACGUCCUUUGGGGAUUUUAACACAUAGGUUUGAUCUCUUUAUGUGGAGUGGAUGAGAGUGGAGCUCAAAGGAUAAAUACAUAAUAAAGAACCUAACACCAUGUUAGGAAAUACGGGAAUCUAUGCGGCCAAGAAGCGCAAAAAGCCUGUGCAGAAAAUCCCUAAGCCUCCUCCCCCUGAGGGUGUUAAGUCGAACCCCUCCAAGCGCCACAGAGACCGUCUGAAUGGCGAACUGGACAAGCUGACCAACCUGCUGCCCUUCUCCGAGGAUGUCAGGGCGCGACUGGACAAGCUGUCCGUGCUCCGCCUCAGUGUGGGAUACCUGAAGGUCAAGAGCUUCUUCAAAGCCACCAUGAAGCCCAGCGUCGGUUGGCCAGGCCAGGGAGCAUUUGGAACAAAUGGACAGACCACCAGCAGCCUGGAUGGGGUCAGCUUCUCAGAGGGAGACCUGCUGCUUCAGGCGCUGAAUGGCUUUGUGAUGGUGGUCACUGCAGAGGGGUAUGUGUUCUACUCCUCGCCCACCAUCCAGGACUACCUGGGCUUUCACCAGUCUGACGUGGUCCACCAGAGCGUCUUUGAGCUGAUCCACACAGAUGACCGCGCCAUGUUCAGACGCCAGCUUCACUUCGCACUCAACCCCACCCAGACAGACUGCACCGAGGCAUCCGACAGUAUGCAGAGCAGCAGUGAAGUCACCAGCAACCUGAUGACCUACAACCCGCUGCACAUCCCCCCAGAGAAUUCCUCCUUCCUGGAACGGAGCUUCUGCUGCCGCUUCCGUUGUCUUCUGGACAACUCCUCGGGCUUCCUGGCUCUGAACUUCCAAGGUCGUCUGAAGUACCUGCAUGGGCAGAACAAGAUGGCGGAGGACGGCACCAUGUCCCACCCACAGCUGGCACUCUUUGUCAUAGCAACGCCCCUGCAGCCACCGUCCAUCCUGGAGAUCCGUAGCAAGACGCUCAUCUUCCAGACCAAGCACAAGCUGGACUUCACGCCCAUGGGUGUCGACACCAGGGGAAAGGUUGUCUUGGGCUACACGGAGUUGGAACUCUGCAUGCGUGGCUCGGGCUACCAGUUUAUCCACGCCGCCGACAUGAUGUACUGUGCAGACAACCACCUGAGGAGUAAACGGGGGGAGAGCGGCUUAACAGUGUUCCGGCUCCUGACCAAAGGGGGCUCCUGGUUGUGGGUCCAGGCCAACGCCAGACUCAUCUACAAGCAAGGAAGACCGGAAUUCAUUGUGGCUCGCCAGAGGGCCCUGACAAAUGAGGAGGGUGAAGAGCAUCUGCGCCAGAGGAAGAUCCAGCUUCCUUUCAACUUUGCGACGGGGGAGGCCCUCCUGUACGAAGACGCCGUCUCCGUGGCCUCCAUCCCCAGUCAGCCCACCAAAGAGCCGCUGAAGCUGCCCAAGUCCGCCGAGCAGAUUAACGUCGACCCCAACUCCCUGCUGGGCUCCAUGCUCAAGCAGGACCAGAUGUUGUAUGGCCCGGGCAGCACCAACGACAACGGCAGCAGCGACGCCAAUGUCCAGUUCCCUCCGAUGCCCAUGGAGGUGUCCAUGGAUUUGCCCAUGGACCAGGUCUUCCUGGACAGCCACGCGCUGAUGACCGUGCCUGGCGGGGACCCCUGGCAGCACUCACAGGCCACCGCUGCCACCACACCGACCGUGGGAUCGGUCAAGUCGGAGACAAGUGUGAAGGACAUGGUGGAGACGCUGCAGCAGAUCAUCGCGGACGCCAGCAUGUGCCCGGAGCUGCAGCUGGACAUAGACGUGGGCGAUCUUGAGCUGAAGGAGUGGGAGAGCACGCUGCUGCGCAUGAACAUGACCACCAGCGAGAGCGCCGUCCAGCUCAACGACAUCCUCACCAACGACAUCUUCUCGUACGUGGAGGGCCUGUUUGAGGAGAACGGCCUGCAGAUGCCCGCCUCGGGCCAGGGCGGCUUCGGGGACGUACACCCCGACUGCCUGCCAGGGCUGGAGCUGCAGACCUCCAUCAUGGCGGCUGCAGGACAGGUCUUCGACCUGCCGGGGGCUCCACCACCACAGCCACCGCCGACAUUCAAUGAUGCCCAGCCGCAGGGCAACCUCCUGGGCAUGGGCCUCCAGAACAACACGCCCAUAGGAGGGGCACCGCGGGGCACCAUGAAGCUCACACACAUUGGCCCUGAGAUGACGCUGGCACAGUCAGUGCCCACUGGUAGCCUCUCUAACCAGGCUCUACAGCAGAGGGUCCUGGGGAACGGAGCUGACCUCCAAGGGUUCAACCCCGCCGCUCUGGCCGGACAGUACAACCAUUGCCAGGGCCAGGGUCAGCUACAGCAAGGUCGCCUGGGCAAUGGCCCCCAGCAGAACAGCAGGGCGUCUGUGCCCCAGCGGCGGAUUCUGACUGACCAGCAAGAGAUGCUUGGCCAGGUGCACCCCAAUGCGAUGAUGGUGCCCGCCAUGCCAAACCACAACACCAUGCCCACAGCUGCAACCCUGCCGUCCCAGCCAAUGGCCUUUCAGAAGCCUCUCAACCCACCAAAUGGCCAGGAUGGCUCUUGGGUCUCGUCCCUGCCCGGCUCCGCCAUGGCAGACGGCAUGCUGGGAGGGCGCGCCCAGAGGAUUCCAAACCAGACGGACAUGUCGCUGACCAACUCGCCUGCCGCCUGUCUGCAGGGACGCUUCUCUCUGCACACCCAGCCCGGCCAGAACCCGUGGCCUCUCCAGCAGCAACAGCAGCAGAACCACCUGCAGCAGAGCCAGCAGCUGCAGAGCCAGCAGCUGCAGAGCCAGCAGCAGCAGCUUCCCAACCCCCUGUCCAAUGGACACCAGCACUUGUCUAACUGCUACGGUCAGACGGCAAAUUUCCAAAGAGACGCCAUCUCGCAGCUUCUCCCCCAGAACACUCCGACCUUCGGGGCGGCCUUCCGAGCCCCGAACCCCGCCGCCACCCCUCAGCCGGGGUCAAUGGGCGUCCCUCACCUACCUAAAAACAGCUGCAUGUUCGACAGCUCGCCCCCAGCCGCUGCCCUUGCCCAGACCAACCUUGCUGCGUCCGCCCCAUCUGCCCUGGCGAACGGCGUGGGCUACAACCACCGUCGGCCGGACGUCUCGGUGGCAGGCCACAACAUGAAGGCCCUGCUCAACCACAGCCUGCCCCAGCAGCAGGCCACCUGUUUCUACCCGCGGAGCACCACCGACGCCCUGGGCACUGCCACCACCAACGUCGCUGUGCCCGCCCUCAACCACAUCACCCCACAGGACACUCUCAACCCCCUGGAGACCCUGAUGGCACCGCCACGGCCGUUCCUCAACUGCAACGGCCAGACACCGAUCACCAACCCUCUGAUACAGGACAAUGGUCCCUUCCAGUUCCCUAACAUGGUCAAUGAAACCACAUACUUCACAGAGAACAGUCAGGCCAACUGCUGUGAUUUCUAGAAUGCACAGACAGACAGACACCCAUUUGCCUUUUGGUCUGUCAUGAAAAUGAAUGCUGUGAGACCUGACGAAGCAGCACUCGUCUCUAAAGAAAACUGAGUCCAGACUGACUAAAAGAAAAAAAACAAAUGACAACAGGUUCACAAAUGCCUUCUGAGAUUCUCUCUACGUGCCUUCCUGUGGAGAUGUGACAGCGACUCCUUUUUUUGUUUGUUUUUUUUCCCCUCGCAUCAGCCGCAGCUCAAAAUGUACAAAUGAGGACCUUGCAUGACGUCAGUCAGACACUUUGAUUUUGCUUGUUUGUUUGUUUGUUUUUGUUUGUUUAAAAAUGCAAAUGGAUUUGAAAUGGAAGCAGCAGCAGGACUGUCACUGGAGAACCCGGGGGCUGCUCUUCGGAGGAAAGGAAAAAACACCAGGAAGGUGCAAAAGAAAAUAUUUAUUUUGUUUUGUUUUGCGUUCUAUCCAAUUUUUUUUUUCAUUUCUUUGUCACUCUUGAUUUUAGUAUGCCUUGUGUGUGUGUGCGUUUUACAGCCACAGGAAAUAAGUGUGUAUAUGUGUGUGUGUGUGUGUGUGUGUGUGUGUGUGUGUGUGUGUGUGUGUGUGUGUGUGUGUGUGUGUGUGUGUGGUAGGUUUGCUACCUGUGAUCUCUUUAAUGAAGUAAGCAUGCAGAAGGCAGAGGGAGACACACACAAACACACACACACACACACACACACACACACACACACACACACACACACACACACACCAGAGAUGUACCGCAGGUCAUCUCUGGGCCCAGACGCAUGUAGAGUUGUGGAGAACCUGGGUGGUGGCAAAGUUCAAAGGUCAGGGGGUCAGGAAGUCAUCCGAAUCUGGUGUGAGAGUGAGUUGAAGUUUCCAUGCCAUAGCCAUAGCUGCCAUACACUGGCUCUGCCACAGAAAUGGGGGCAACCUCCAGGGUUCCAACCCCACUGCCCUGGGAACACAGUAUAGCCAUCCCCAGGCUUUGGAGCCUUGGCCAUCUGUGGCUGGGGGCUCCUGGGUAACAACCCCCAGCAGAACAGUAGGGCAUCAGGGGCAAGGGGCCGCUCAGCGCCGAUACUGCCCCAGCAUCCCCUACUCCCCCAGGCCUCUCUCACUGCCCCCCCCCCCUCCAAACUGCUAGCCAAACUGCAUUAUGUUAUAAUAUAUCACAAUUGUAACAAGGUAUGUUAAUCAGAUUGUUAAUGGAUAACAUUUAUUCACUUUGCUUUGUGCUGUUUUGUUUCGCUUUAUGAAUGUUUCUUUUAUAUUUUUUAUAAGCAUUUAAUCAAAAAUAUCAGAUACGUCAAUGAGCCAUUUUUCUCUUCCUCUGUCUCAGGCUUCUUCUUCUAACUGCCUUCUCUCUCUCUCUCUGUCCCUCUCUCUGUUUAUCUCUCUCAUUCUCUCUCUCUGUUUUAAACUUGUGAUUCUGUUGGAGGAGAGGGACCCCCCCACACACACACACACACACACUUUUGCCCCCACCAGGCUGUCAGUGUGAUCUCUGCAUCCCUGAACAGACUUGGGGAGUAUUCCAAGUAUGUGGUUUAGUGACCUAGGUAAGUUAACUCAGAGUAAAUGGUAAACCUUCUACAACAAGAGGCCUAUGGCAUUGUUUUGUUAGGAGGAUGAAGCCAUACAGCUCUUCCAUUAGGAGGUUUACUACUUACUUUGAGUUGUAAUUUACCCAAGUUUGUCACUAAACUACACACUUGGAAUACCCCCCGGUGUCUAGGACAGGAGAGUAGAGGAAUUGGUAGAGAGGAGAGUUCCAAAAUGAAAUGAACUUAGUAAAACAUGCAGAUGGCCUCUUAUGGGAAAGACAGCAGGUGGUCGUAGCACUGAGAUGAUUGGCUUGUAGUGACCAAUCACCCUCUUGCUCCUGCUUUGUUUGUUGUUUUGUUGUUGUUGUUGAUGAUGUUGUUGUUAUUUCUUUUUCUUUUUCCCUUCUUUCCUUCAAAUGUGUGUUUGUAUGUUUCUAUACCAGAAUGGAGAUUGUAUUAUAGAGUAAGUUGUUGAAGCUUAGCAUGUCCACUCUUCUCUGCGUGAGACUUCCUGGUCCUUGUCUAGCACGGCAAUUCUGAUUGGUUUCCGCGUCUGACUGUCAACAAGGAGUAGGAGGUGGUUAACCAGAGGCAAGAGAGUGGAUUGGCAGACCCUAUGUGCCUUCAAUUCACAUUUCACCAGAGUGUAGCUUUUGUAUAUUCCAAAAAAACAAAAACAAAUAGGACUGUUCUAAUUACUCAUGAACCUUGCUUUUCUGUUAUUGAAAUGUAAAUAAAGCAAAACAAUGUAUGUAAAAUACCUUACCUCACCAUAUUAAGGAGUAUGGCCACCUAUGAAUUCUGUAGAAAAGGGCAAACUAGUUUGUAGCGCUGGAAGCAUGGGCUUUCUCCUUACUCGUGUAGGUUUGUGAGCUGAAUACUAUAGCGGCGAAGACGUUGAAAGUCGUCCUCCUCGGCGUCUGUAAGAGGUGGCUCUCAUAGAGGUGGCCUCUCCAUGGAAAAUAGCCCAGAGGAAUUAAGCCUUAGAGGAUUGCCCCCCUCCACACUUAGACACCACUCACACACACCAAAGUCAGAAGCAUUUAUCGUCUUUGGCGUCACUUUACACACCCUCUCCCUUGAGGUGUAUCAGUGGCCUCUCCAGCAUAAACCAUAACAGUACGUGGCAGCUACAGGAUCUUAUGCAGUUUGUUCAAAUACUUUGGAGAUCAGUGGGGUGAGGUCCGUAAAGGCCCUCGGACUACGACAGGAAAUGCUUUACCUGUUCAUAUGAGAUUAUUACGACACAUAUCUAUGACACACUCUCACCCGCAGCAGUUAGUCUGAAAUGUUAAAAACAUCCCAAGUGCCUUAAGGAUUUUAUUUCAUUUGAUUUCAUGCAUUAGUGACAUGUAAUGGCUUCUGUGUGUUGAUUUUAACUGUGAUCUGUUUGCUGGCUCUGUUGAUUUAACAGAUAGGAAAUUAAAGGUUUGGUUGGUACUGUAAAUAUGCAACACAUAGUGAUGCCCCAACUAAAGUAUGCCACUUACUUAUUCUUAUAAUAGUAAUUAAAAAAUGGAAAGAUUGUCCCUAUUGUCCCUCCGGUGUGAUCCCUCGUUGUGGAUGCCUUCAGAGAUUUCCUGUUUGUAGUGAAGAGGACACCUGGUUCUGUGGGGGGGGGGGGGGGGAUGGACUGAUAGUGAAUGUGUCAUUCACCGGUGCAGUGGAUGAGGAAGGUGGAGUGAUCAGAGGUGUUGGUUGAACCAUGUUGGUUUGUGAGGGAGAUAGUUGGAAGUGAUGGUGCGUAGCUACAAGAAGGCUGGUGUGGUUGAACGGGAAACAUGGAAGAGGACUAACCAGAGGACAUAUCAGGAUGCGACAGCAUUUUGGCACUUUCAGUUUCUUUCUUUCAAACAGAUCGGUUCUCUCUCACAUACACACACACACGCACAUACAUACAGUAUACACACAGAGAGAGAGAGAGAGAGAGUUAUGAGCAUGGAAUCCUGGCAUGCUCCUAGAAAUUCACAAAAUGGAAGAGUGCGCAAAAAAAAAACACUGGUGCCAACUUUCCAAAUGAUUCUCAUCGUUCUGGGGUUCAGCACUACUCAGCCAACUAAUUAAAUGCGUUUUCUGCAUGCUUUAGAACAAUGGAAUAAUAGAAGCACUUGCUACUGCAGAUGUCUGUUUUCUCCUGCCCCCCCCCCCCCCCCCCCCCCCCCCCCCACAACCCCAACCAGCCGCUCACUGGAGUGGUUCAGGCCCAGAUCUGGUCCUCUCCUGGGCUUCUUCCGGCUCCAUACCAUCCCAUAAUCAUCUGCUAUCUAGACAGAGGGCAAGUUUCUUUUGUAAAUGCAGUAUCAUCGUAUUAUUUACAUUUUUUUAAAUGUAUGUAUGUGAAUUUAUUGUUUGUUUGUUUGUUUGUUUGUGUGCUACCUGGCCUUAUAAGAGCCCUCACGUACCAUGUACCAUUUUGUAAAUUUUCUGCACAGCUGUUAAAUAUGUAAGCCAUUUUUGACGGAUUUUUCCUAAAAUACAGCAUAAGUAUAUUGUAGCUUUGACCUUUUUUCUUGCUAUUUUGUAAUUGCAAAGAGCCCCUCUUCUCUGUGUCUCAUUAUUAAUAUUUCAUUCUUGUGCUAUUAAAAGGCAUUUUGAUGACUCUA